AAGUAUUACUUUAAACGCUAUACGUAUAAAAUGGACACAGCUCCACGCGUUUUCUCUUUCUUCUCCGUUCCUUCUCCCCCUUUCACGAGCACAGAAGUCUUCUACGUCAUCGGCGAAUUCAGAUUAAUUCAGUAAAAAUUCAAGCCCAAUUUAACUUCCGGUAAUUCUUCCGUUCUCUUUGGUUCUUCCGGUUUGGUAAGGAUCCUUUGUUCCUUUUCUUUUGUCUGCUCUUAUAUUGUCUAUCAUUUGUGUAAUCCCUUGCAAUGAAACCCUAAUUUUUGCAUAUAUCGUGAUCUCCUAGCCACUGCUUCCAAGUUUUUAGCUAUUCUUUUCGUUGCGAAAUGUUUCGGCUUUGAUUUCCAGAUUUUGUUUUUCGGUUUCUUGUAUAGAAAUUUCAACAAUUGUUUGUAGUGUUUUUUGGUCAUCUAUGUUGUAAAUAGAUGAUCAUUAACAAUACAAACAUGUCUAAUUUCUUGUGAUUCCUGUAUAGCUUCUAGUUUGAACUCCUUUAAAUCCAAUUCAAUUAUCGAAAUAUAAGUGUAAAAAAAACAAAGGGGGGAGAAAAUGUCAUCUGCUGGUGUAGCUCUCAGUCCUAUUCACAGUGGUUCCGUACUUCCUUCUGAUUAUGUGAACGCACAACCACUCCCCUGCUCUGAUGAGUACAUCUUCAUAUAUCUCUCAGUUGGGGGCUCUAAGAUCCCUAUGCGUGUUUUAGAGUCUGAUUCAAUUGAAUUUGUGAAGCUACGAAUUCAAUCAUGUAAAGGGUUUGUUGUAAAGAACCAAAAACUGGUCUGUGGAGGCCGAGAACUAUCAAGGAGCAAUUCUCUUGUCCGUGACUAUGGUGUCACUGAUGGGAAUGUUCUGCAUUUGGUUCUCAGGCUUUCUGAUCUUCAGGUUGUAAAGGUUAAGACUGCUAGCAAAAACGAAUAUACUUUUUGUGUGGAGCGAGGGAGAGAUGUUGCAUAUGUGAAACGACAGGUUGCUAAGAAGGAAAGGGUGUUUGAUGACCUUGAUGAGCAAGAGGUCGUUUGUGAUGGUGAGCCACUUGAGGAUCAAAGACUUAUUGAUGAUAUCUGUAAAUGCAAGAAUGAUGCUGUGAUUCACUUUUUGGUGAGGAAAUCUGCAAAGGUUCGGACAAGGCCUGUGGAGAAGAAUCUAGAAUUGUCUAUUGUGGCACCACAGAUGAACGAUGAAGAGAAUGCUAGAAGGAAAUAUGAUGUUGGUGAAAGGAAUGAUGGGAAAAGUUAUGGAGUUGAUAGACGGGUCGUACCAACAAAGCCUCCUCAUAAAGAUUUUCUAUUGGAACCGAUUAUUGUUAAUCCCAACAUUCAAUUGCCCUCUGUGAUUUGGAAUAUGGUACAUGCUACCUUUGAUGGAUUGGAGGGUGGAAAUAGUCCAAUCAGAUCUAUGGAGGGUACUGGAGGGGCUUACUUAAUGCAGGAUUCUUCUGGGCAGAAGUUUGUCUCUGUAUUUAAGCCAAUUGAUGAGGAACCUAUGGCUAUGAACAACCCUCGAGGGCUACCACUGUCUUCUGAUGGUGAAGGGUUAAAGAAAGGUACAAGAGUUGGGGAAGGAGCUUUCAGGGAAGUUGCAGCCUACAUUUUGGACCAUCCUGAGAGUGGACGCCGAUCCUUGUCCGGCAAUGAGAAGGGAUUUGCUGGGGUUCCACCUACGGUUAUGAUUAAGUGCUUUCAUAAAGGGUUUAACCAUCCAGAAGAUGUAAAUGUCAAGAUUGGCUCCUUGCAGAUGUUCAUGGAGAACAAUGGAAGUUGUGAAGAUAUGGGUCCUGGAGCUUUUCCAGUUAAGGAAGUUCAUAAAAUUUGUGUGUUUGAUAUAAGAACGGCAAAUGCAGAUAGGCAUGCUGGGAAUAUAUUAUUGAGCAAAGAUGCAGUGGAUGGACAGACUGUGCUGAUUCCAAUAGAUCAUGGAUACUGCCUACCUGAAAGUUUUGAGGAUUGCACAUUUGAUUGGCUCUAUUGGCCUCAAGCUCGUCAACCUUUUGACUCUAGCACUGUUGACUAUAUAACAUCAUUGGAUGCUGAAGAGGAUAUAUCUCUUCUGAAGUUCCAUGGAUGGGAUAUGCCGGUUCAAUGUGCACGCACACUUCGCAUCUCCACCAUGCUUCUGAAGAAGGGAGUGGAGAGGGGCCUCACCCCCUUUGCCAUUGGAAGCAUGAUGUGCAGACAGACGUUGAAGAAGGCAUCAGUUAUAGAGGAGUUGGUCGAAGAAGCACAGGAUUCUGUUCUUCCAGGCACAGGCGAAGAUGCAUUCCUUGAAACUGUGUCGCACAUCAUGGAUCAUUACCUUGAUGAGAUUGCUGGAUCUCUGCCUUGAUGGAGUGCUAAUUGUGGAGAACAUGGGUAUGUAUGUGUGUAUAUGUACUUAUGUGAUCGUACAUACCCAUUUGUUGGGGUUGGGGGUUUAUUGAAUUGUCCAUAUAGUUCUUUGUCCGAUUUCUUAUUCUUCUAUGUCGGUAGAUUUUUUUUCUUUGUGCAAGAAUUUACAUCUCCGAAUUUUAUUUCUCGCGAUAA